AUGUCCUUCUCUAACCAGACCCCGACAAUUGUCGUGCUUAAAGAAGGUACCGAUGCUCUGCAGGGCAAAGGUCAGAUUUUGAAUAACAUCAACGCUUGUUUGGCUAUCCAGGAGACCCUCAAACCUACAUUAGGUCCAUUUGGAUCAGAUAUCUUGAUCAAGUCUUCCAACGGUAAGACCACUAUUUCUAAUGACGGUGCUACUAUUUUGAAGUUAUUGGACAUCGUUCAUCCAGCUGCUAAAAUGCUUGUGGAUAUUUCAAGAGCUCAGGAUGCUGAAGUCGGUGAUGGUACUACUUCUGUUACUGUCUUGGCGGGUGAAUUCUUGAAGGAGACCAAAACUUUCAUCGAAGAUGGCAUUUCGCUGCAUCUCAUUACCAAAGGCUUAAGAAAGGCCUGUGAGUUGGCCGUGAAGAAGAUCGAAGAGAUCCAGGUCGAGAUUAAGAAGGAAGACACAACACAGUUCAGAGAACUCUUGGAGAGAUGUGCCAAGACGGCGAUGUCAUCUAAGUUGAUCUCGAAGAACUCUGACUUCUUCACGAAAAUGGUCGUCGACGCUGUCUUGACCUUGGACGAUAACUUGGACGAGAAGAUGAUCGGUAUCAAGAAGGUUCCUGGUGGAGGUAUGGAAGACUCGCUUUUCGUUGAUGGUGUGGCUUUCAAGAAGACUUUCUCCUAUGCUGGUUUUGAACAGCAGCCAAAGAGAUUCACCAACCCAAAAAUCCUCAACCUUAAUGUCGAGUUGGAGUUGAAGGCCGAAAAGGACAAUGCUGAGGUGAGAGUUGGACAAGUGAAGGAUUACCAGGCCAUUGUUGACGCUGAAUGGCAAAUUAUUUUUGACAAGUUGGAGGCUAUUAAGGACUCUGGCGCCAACAUUGUUCUUUCCAAGUUGCCUAUUGGUGAUUUGGCCACACAGUACUUUGCAGACAGAGACAUCUUUUGCGCUGGUCGUGUGAGCAGCGAAGACAUGGACCGUGUCAUCAAGGCUGUUGGUGGAUCAGUUCAAUCUACUGUUAGUGGCAUCAACGAAAAGGCCGUCGGCACGUGUGCCGAGUUCGAGGAGGUGCAAAUUGGUGGAGACAGAUACAACUUAUUCCGUGGAUGUCCAGAGGCUAGAACAUGUACAUUAGUUUUGAGAGGAGGAGCCGAGCAGGUGAUUGCUGAGGUUGAGAGAUCAUUGCAUGACGCUAUCAUGAUUGUCAAGCGUGCUGUGAAGCAUCGUACAGUUGUGGCAGGUGGAGGAGCCAUUGAGAUGGAGAUCUCGAAGUACUUGAGAGAACAUUCCAAGACAGUGGCAGGAAAGCAACAGUUGAUCAUUGGAGCAUUUGCCCGCGCCUUGGAGGUGAUUCCAAGACAGUUAUGCGAGAAUGCCGGUUUGGACGCCAUUGAGCUCUUGAACGUGUUGAGAAGCUCGCAUGCCAAAGGAGAGAAAUGGUACGGUAUUGACUUCCACAAGGAGUCCGUGGGUAACAACAUGGAAAGUUUCAUCUGGGAGCCAUCCCUUGUGAAGAUCAAUGCCCUUCAAUCGGCCACGGAAGCGGCCACAUUGUUGCUUUCUGUGGACGAAACAAUCAAAAACCUGGAGUCUGAGCAGGCAGCCGCCGGGCGUGGACGUGGAGCGUACUAA